UUCUGAAAUCCAUCGUGAUUACCGUCCGCGAGUCGAGGAAUACGCGUGUGUUUCGAGGGAUGCCAUUUCAAGUGUCGUCAGUGUAACCGAUUCUCUAUGGCGACGAUGACCUCUCGGAGAAUUGUGUCCCGAUCGUUGAUCCUCUGGCUGAUGGCUCUGGUCGCGUGCCCUUGCGUCGGUGAAAAGCUGUCCCCGGAUCAAAAGGCACCUCAGUUCGCUCGUGGUUCCGGUGGGUUGAUCCUGAACACGCCGUUCGAGGACAACAAAGCCCGUAACCGACCGAUCCCCAGUGCCGCGAACACGGAGGAUGGGGUGCAGAGAGAGGAAACCGAGACGUUGAAGGAAGUGGAUGGCGAACUGGUGCGCGUCGUGAAGGGAAGCUUCGCCUACAAAAGUCCCGAGGGGCUUCCGAUCUCCGUCAAGUACGAGGCCGACGAGAAUGGGAAUAGAGCGAGCUUCAAGUUCGGCACCGGCGUGGCGGGUGGCUUGGGUCCAUCUACGCGUCCUUCAGGGCCACAGGCAGGAGGAGGUAACAAUGGUCGGGGCGGACAAACCGGGUCAGGAUCGAAAGGAUCGAAGAAGGAUGACUCGUACCUUCCACCGAACAAAGACGUCGAUAGAAGCUAUCUUCCGCCAAAAUAGAACCCCUUCUACGCGCGAUGCUCGUGCCAAACGGAAGAUCUGUCGUUGGUAAAUCGUUUUGGGAAAUUUUUCUCGGUGCACUUGCGGCGAAAGGUGUACAAUCGGUGGAAGUUAUACGUUAGAUAACCGUGGACGUACCGAACCGGUAAAUUAACUUCAUUGAAUCAACAAGUGUUCCCCCCUUUUUUCAACGAACCGUCAUUUCGCGCUAAUACAGAGGCUAUUAAGCGUUCAAGCUCGUCGACGUGACGCCUACUUUUGUAUUUCUCAAACGAGUCAUAUCGAGGAAGGAAAGACUAAAAAAUUUAAUAUU